AUGUACUACUUCACUAGCACAGCAACUAAUCCACCUGCCAAAAUUUACAUGGGAAAGGACAAGUACGAAAAUGAAGAACUAAUCAAAUAUGGAUGGGAAACCGAUGUAUGGUUUCAUGUGGAUAAGCUCAGCUCAGCCCAUAUUUACUUGCGACUCGAAAAAGAUCAAUCUUGGGAUGCAAUUCCUGAAGCGCUUCUUACAGAUUUGGCACAGCUUACCAAAGCCAACAGUAUAGAAGGUAACAAAAAAGACAAUCUGACCAUUAUUUACACGCCAUGGAGCAAUCUGAAAAAGACACCUGGCAUGGAAACCGGACAAGUCACAUUCCACAAAAACAAUGUGGUUAAGCGGGUGCAUAUUGAAAAGCGAGUCAACGAAAUUGUCAAUCGUUUAAACAAAACUAGAGUGGAAACGUACCCAGAAUUAGCAGAGGAGAAGAUUCAACACCAGCGCGAUAUUCGAGCUGCUGGGAAACAAACCGAGCAGAAAAUUAAACUGGAGCAUAAACUAUACAUCAAGGAGAAGCGUAAAGAAAAGGAAAUGUUUGAUUACGGACUGGUAAUCAAAGAGGAUCAUAUGUAUUCCAACAAAUCUGCCGCGGGAGGCCGAUCUGUGCAAGAAAUUGAAGAUGACUUUAUGUAA